GUCUCUCAGCUCUCUUCCCAAAGCAGCUUCUGCUUCUGCUCAGUUUCCCACUGCCACCACAACCAGAACUUGUUAUGGUCAAGUUUUAACGCAGAAGAACACUUGCAAGUUCCACCAAACCAAAACCCCUCUCUCUCUCUCUCUCUCUCUCUCUAAACUCUGAUCCUGCUCUCGAGACUUGAAUAUCUCGCUCUUUUAUCACAUGGGCACGAGGGAAAAACGAAAAAGUUUCACCACCUAAUUAACAAUCCGCCAGAUUCAUCGCACCUUUUUCAAAAUUAAUCCAAAAAAAAAAAGAAAGUACGAUCACGCUCCACUCUCUCACCUCCUAUUAUUAUUCCUUCUUCUAUCUUUUCUUCUCUCCCUAGAAAAGCAGAAUUCUCUUUUUCUUUACUUUUGACAUUAUCUAUGGAUUCUUACGAAGCUAGUCGAACAGUAUUCUCAAGAAUCCAGAGUCUAGAACCCGAAAACGCCACAAAAAUCAUGGGGUACCUUCUGAUACAAGACUAUGGUGAGAAGGAGAUGAUCCGCUUGGCUUUUGGUCCAGAGUCCCUUCUUCACAAUCUCAUCAUCAAGGCCAAAACUCACUUGGCUAUUCUCCCUAAAUCAUCGUCAUCAUCGUCGUCGUCGUCAUCAAUAUUUUCUUCUUCUCCUCUCAACCUCAUUUCUGAGCCCAAUCCAUUUUCAAGUCCUCCGCUUUCUUACGCUAGUGCUUUGAACAAAAACAUUAGUUUUGGGUCUUCUUUAUACAAUUCUACAAGUGAAAAUCUCGUCGAAGAAAUACUCUCUCCAACAAGUGCGUAUUUCGAAUCGUCUGAGAAUGUUAAUUCUGGGUUCGGGUUUAGACCUUGUUUGUACUUCGCUAGAGGGUUCUGUAAAAACGGCAACACUUGCCGAUUCCUCCACGGAGAUUCAGCUUUCGAAAAUAAUAAUAAUAAUACAAGUAACGAACUUGAACAGUGUCAAGACUUGCUCAGACUUAAAAAAGCUGCUCACUCUCAGUUCAUCACCGGACCAGCAGCUUCUUUCCCGUACGACAACAACUCUGUUAGUUUGCUCAUGCAACACCAGAUUGACCCCCCAAGAUCUCCAACAGGUGCAAUGAUGAUAGGAGAGGAGGUUCAGAAGUUUGGGAGGUGUCGUUUUGAGAGGAACGAAAGUAUCAUGAACCCAAGUUCCAGGCAAAUUUACUUGACAUUCCCAGCUGAUAGCACUUUUAGAGAAGAAGAUGUAUCCAAUUACUUUAGCAUUUAUGGACCAGUUCAAGACGUGAGAAUUCCAUAUCAGCAAAAACGGAUGUUUGGAUUUGUUACCUUUAUGUAUUCAGAGACUGUGAAGUUCAUCUUGGCUAAAGGAAAUCCACAUUUUGUUUGUGAUUCUCGGGUGCUUGUUAAGCCUUAUAAAGAGAAGGGAAAAAUUGUAGAAAAAAAACAACUUCAACAACAACAGCAGCAACAGCAAUUGGACAGUGGAGACUAUUCUCUGUGUUCAAGCCCAUCUGGGCUUGACUAUGAUCUCCAUCAUGGGCCAAGUAUGUUUUACAAUAAUACACAAGAGAUGUUACUAAUGAAAAAGCUUGAGGAACGGGCUAAUUAUCAGCAAGCCAUUGAACUCCACGGAAGAAGGCUGAUGAAUCUACAACUUAUGGACCUCAAGAAUCAUAAUUAUCAUCGUCAAGCUCAAUUCCAUCGCAGUUUAUCUUCUGGGUCCUCAAUUCCCUUCCCAAAUGCUUUGCCUUACUCUCCCAAGAACCGAGUCCUUUUUGUUCAACCCGACGAGACCGAACAAUAUGUUUCAGAAGAGAAUAAUGGUGGUUUAAGUAAUGGAAGAGAGGAAAAUGGUGACACUGGCAAGGAGUUAGCUAAGACUGAUGAAGAAAGUGACUUGAAUGAAAGUAUAGAGCACAUCCUUCCUGAUAGCCUCUUUGCUUCUCCUAAGAAAUCAGCUGUUGACCACACAACUAUUUUGUCCAACUCUUCAGAGGAGCCUAGUGAAAUGACCAAUGGCCCAUUACUUUCCAAUUCUACCCUCAACUUAGCCUCUCCAGAAUCUGUUUUCUCCAAAUGCUCAGGUCUUGUUCUUGGUAUGGAACCACUAGAAUGUAACUGAUGGAGUUAAGUAACAUUGGGGCAGCAAUGGGGAUCUUCACUUUGCCAGGAAUAUAUAUAUCUAUAUAUAUAUAUAUAUUUGAGCAGAAACACAUAAAAAGAAAAUCAUCGCUGUAUAGCCAAAAACCACAACCCACGUCAAAGUGACCUGUAGGCAAACAUCUCAGCAAGAUCACCAUCAUUAUCAUUAUUACAUACUAGUUAAUAGUGAAAUACAUAAUUGUAUACUUGAAAUAACAGAUGAACUGAUUUAUGGGAGUGGGGCCCUUUUCUACUUUAUGUAACCCCCGCUUUGUAGGUGUGUGUUGGUUGGACCAUCCCGGCAAGUUGUAUCACAACAAAGAAAGCCUAAUGGUAGUAGUAAGUAGUAAAUCCUCAUGUUAUAUAUGAUGUUCUUGUAAUUUACCACUUUCUUUCUUUCUUUUUUUUUUUUUUUUUUUUUGCUUUUAUGCUACCACCUGUAUUUGUAUGGUGUAAAAUCUACAGAGAAAUGAAAGGUUGUAUUAUGCAAGAAAAAAAA